GACAGUAGGCGGGGUCUUGUGGACGGGGCGCUGACUGGGGCCUCGGAGCUCCUGUGGUCGAUGAUGGCGUGGUGGAUGUGGUCGGUCCGGGGGAGAUGUGGCCUGUCCGGGGCCUGGAGGUCCGCCUCUAGGGGGUGUGUGACCCGAGCCGUACCGAGGCCGGAGACCCAGGUCUUGUCGGAGAGGAAGACCUUCAUGAAGGAAAACCCGCUGCCGUUCUCCGCCUUCCUCACGGACAGCUUUGGACGUCAGCACAGCUAUCUGAGGAUCUCAUUGACCGAGAAGUGCAACCUUCGAUGUCAGUAUUGUAUGCCGGAGGAAGGAGUACCGCUGACCCCGAAAAGCGACCUUCUCAGCACUCAGGAGAUCCUCACUCUGGCCCGGAUCUUCGUACAGGAAGGGGUGGACAAAAUCCGCCUGACCGGUGGGGAGCCUCUGAUCCGACCUGACGUGGUGGACAUUGUAGCCCAGCUCCGGAAACUGGAAGGCCUGAAAAGCAUCGCCAUCACCACAAAUGGGAUCAACCUGAACCGCCAGCUGCCCCGGCUGAAGGAAGCCGGACUGGACGUGCUGAACAUCAGUCUGGACACCCUGGUGCCGGCCAAGUUCGAGUUCAUUGUGAGGAGGAAAGGGUUCCACAAAGUCAUGGAGGGGAUCAACCGUGCUGUGGAGCUGGGAUACAACCCUGUCAAGGUGAACUGCGUGGUGAUGCGCGGCCUGAAUGAAGACGAGCUGCUGGAUUUUGUAGCUCUGACGGAGAAGCAGCCGCUGGAGGUGCGCUUCAUAGAGUACAUGCCCUUUGACGGCAACAAGUGGAACUUUAAGAAGAUGAUGAGCUACCAGGAAAUGUUGGACUGCAUCCGUCAGAGGUGGCCGGAACUAGAAAAACUGCCCACCGAACCGUCCAGCACUUCCAAGGCCUAUCGGGUGCCCGGCUUCCAGGGGCGGAUCGGCUUCAUCACCUCCAUGUCUGAACACUUCUGUGGCUCCUGUAACCGGCUGAGGAUUACGGCGGAUGGAAACCUGAAGGUCUGUCUGUUUGGAAACUCUGAAGUGUCUCUCAGGGACUUGCUGCGGUCGGGGUCCAGCGAGGAGGAACUCAUCCAGACCAUCGGAGCUGCUGUGGGCAGGAAAAAGAAACAGCACGCAGGUAUGUUCAACAUAUCGCAGAUGAAGAACCGUCCAAUGAUCCUGAUUGGUGGGUGA